UUUAUACGUAUCAUGAAUAUGUAUACAGUAGUACUUCUAGUUCCCUAAUUGGUUUGAUUUAUAGUUUCGUAAAUUUCUAGCCAACUAGGCAGAUCAUCCCAGCCCUGUCAUCUUCCCUCGCGAGCCGAUGGCUGUGCGUGGCUCUCGUUGGGUCAUACCUUUCAGUGUGAGCCUAGGCGUUCCAAUUGGUCUCUACGUGGCUUUCAUCCUGUUAAGCGCGAUACCCUUCUUUCAAAGACACUUCUUGUAUGCCCACCGAGUGAACACUCUAUUAUGGCAUAACAUUGAUAUGCCGGAAUACUGGGGGUUUGCCAGGAAUCAGGUCACCCCCUUUUCACUAACUACUCCUGAUGGUGAACAUCUCUACGCAUGGCAUAUUUUACCGCUUCCCACCUACAUAAAACAUGAAAAUACCCUUCAUGUCCAGAAGCCGGGUUUCUCGAAAGACAUUACCAAGACGGAAUCGUUUAAGCUGCUCAGGAAUGAUCCUGAGGGUCGACUUGUCAUCUAUUUCCAUGGGAACGCCGGUCACGUUGCCCAGCGUAUUCGCCCUGACAGUUACCACACCCUAACGGAUUCUUCUCUAUACCACGUCCUAGCUAUCGAUUACCGCGGAUUCGGCAAAUCAACCGGCACGCCAUCGGAAGAAGGAUUAAUCCACGAUGGCAUCACAGCUGUAGACUGGGCUAUGGAUAUAGCAGGUAUCCCGGCCAGCCGGAUCGUUAUUUUGGGUCACAGCCUCGGCACUGCGGUUACGAGCGGUAUCGCAGAGCACUUUGCAAUGCAAGGAACCGAAUUUGCGGGCGUUAUCCUCGUUGCCGGGUUUUCCAGCUUGCCAACUCUAGUCUCUACAUAUGCAGUAGCCGGGUUCAUACCAAUCCUCUCGCCGAUCCGAGCGUUUCCGUCACUCCUCCGCUUCCUCCAAAGCUUUAUUGUGGAUGAAUGGAAGUCCGCAGACCGGCUUUCCCAUCUCGUGAGCCUCACGCGAACGAGAUUACGGUUGACUUUCAUCCACGCCAAGGACGAUUUAGAUAUUCCAUGUCAUGAGAGUGAUGUGUUGUUCAGAUAUGCGUCAAGCGCCGCCAUUGAUGAGGUGCUCGACGACAUCGACUUCUUAUCAUGGAAGGAGCAGCGAACUUCGCAUGGGGAAGAUGGAACUUUUGUUGCGAUUGUUAAGACCAGGUCGGAUAUAAUUAUCAGGGAAGAAAUUGUACCAUAUGGUGGACACAACCAUGUCAUGAUAUCUUCGGCUGUUGCACUCGCAGUCAUGAGGUCAUUUGGAUUAGAUAACACUUAAACAUCUCUACAUGGUAAAGAUAGUGUCAUCUACUAAUUGGUACUUGGGUCAUAAGCGCUCCGGGGGCUUUUUACUUACAGGUUUUCCCAGACAUGAUUUAGUCUCUAUAAAUGGAUUAGAUAUGAUACAUUUCUUUCAAUAGAUGAUAUGGUGAUAAUAAGUAUCUCAAGUUAAGUAUACAUGCCUACCAACACGGUAUACCUAUGUAUAUAUACCUAGUAUUUAUUUUAUCUUAGUAGGUAAC